AUUCUCGUAGCAAUAAAAGGCGAAAUGCGUAAGGCAUUCAUAGUGGGCGCUAAAAUCCACGUUGAUCAUCGCAAGCACGGCGUGCCAUCGACUGAUUCCAAUAACAUCGUUUUACUGGAUGAAGAAGGAAAUCCUCUCGGAACACGAGUUUUAGCGCCGAUUCCCAGUAAACUUCUGGAACGACGCGACAAUAUGCAGUUCUCGAAAGUACUAACGUUGGCAACGAAAUUCGUCUAA